UAUGCAUCAUGCAUGCAUGAAUUACUUAGACAUGCUAAAAAAACAAUAAUAAUGUCUCUGAUAUGUUAUUAAUAAAACACCUAUACGUUCCCGCUCAAUAACGACGAGCGUGUGUUUUUACAAGCAGCGAAGUGAACGCACAUGAAACAUCGCAUAACAAGACCAUGCAUGGCGAAUCAAAUUGGCUUUCUCGUGAUCUCGUUCGUUCUUUUAUCAAGUGCGAUAAAUUUUAUUGCAUGCAAAAUAUGUAAAUUUGAAGAAAAGUACAAAUGUGGAAUAGAAGAUUGCAACUGUCGUCCUGCCAGUCAAGAUGCCGUCGAAGGGAGUAAUUAUAGACGAUUUUUGGAUCUGAUUAAGAAUUUGAUUCGUCCUGAAGAUGAAGUUUGUGAUCGGUGCGAUGUGUUUUGCAAACAGGAAAAACACGUCAAUUGCGAACAUGGUACCUGUGGUGAACAAAAAGGUCGAAAAGGAUGUAUUUGUGAUGAUUGUUGGAGUGGGAAAAACUGCUCAAAAUAUCGAAACCGUCAACCAGAAUUCAAAGAGAGAUAUUAUGAUUCUGAAAUAAAGGAAAAUGCAAAUGUUGGUGAUGAAAUCCUCAAAGUUUCGGCAUUUGAUGCAGAUUUGGAGACAUGUGUUGAUAAAAAGAAUUGUCCUUGUGGUCGAAUCAAGUAUUCUAUCAGCAAGGGAAAUGAAGAUGGUUUGUUCAAUAUCAACGCAGAUACUGGAGUUAUAAGUUUGGCUAAGAAGCUAUCUGAUCAGUAUCAUUCUCAAAUUACUCUCUCCAUUCUGGCUGAAAAUGAAGCAGAUCUUAACAUCAUUGAAGACAACCAGAUUGAUAAACCUUCGGCUAUUGUUGGUAUAACUGUUACAACUGACGAUGAUGCUGUGAGAGUACGCCGAUCACUUCAUCACCGAACACGCAGAAGUGUAACGACAUACAACGCUCUUGUGGUGACUUUUGAAGCAGUCACCAAUCAAACAUUCUUUGCUGCUGGAUGUACAAUCAACUAUCGUCUGCAUGUAGUUCAAAAUCAGAGUGCCUCUCCAAAAGAACUGAGCUCAAUAACAGUGCAAUUCAGUUCUGAAAACCUUAAGCUCUCUGAAAAGUACUCGCUGAAUAUAUCCAAUAGCCCUGUCGUUGAAGAUAUCGGUAAUAGCCUCGACGCUGGCAAAGUACAGAUAAACAUUACAAAUUCCUUGCAAGUCAAUGGAAGUAUGGAAAUUAAAUUCAAUGGAAGUGUUCCAGCAACAUUAGAUCCUUUGACGCUGCUUCAAGUCGCUUUCACUAUGAACGCAACCGCAACGCCAUUAGGACAAGUAAUUUAUGGUCCAAAGUAUUCCACCGAACUUUAUACAACUUAUCCUCAGAUUACGUUAACACGUACCAACCAAGGAGUUGUUGAAGUUGAAAAAACCUUGCAUUACAACGUAGAGGUAACUUUGCCUUUUUUCGGUUUUUCAUUCACUCUGGCAAUCACAACAAUCCUGAACGACUUUCGCUUUCUGAGCAUUGAAAACGUGACCCUUGGUGCUAUAAGCGACUCCGUAAAUGCUGAUAUUAAAAAUCCCACGCCAAAAAAAUACACCGGAUCAGACGACAUCACAAGUCGAGUGACUUUGAAUUUCAGCAAUGUAAAGGGUGAAGAUAGAAAUCAAAGUAACAACACGAUCAAACUUUCAUUCUCAGUCAAAGUUAAUGAUCAUCAUUCGCUAAUGAACGGUUCAAAAUUUUGGAUUGGUAUUGGUUCUUAUGCAGGAAGUAUCAUGCUUGGAGUGACACAAGAUUUCAUACAGAUUUACAAGGAUGAACCUUAUCUAUUUGCCGAAAUCAAGGCCAUUAACAUUACAGACCCAGAAGUUAAAGAAUAUUUUAUAAACGACGAGGUUCAAUUUUCUUGGAACGUAAAGCAUGGAAAUGGUUCAUAUGAAGCAGCAAAAAAUGUGACGGUUUUAUUUUAUAUCCCAACUUCACUUGUUUACUUGAGCAACAGCAACAAAGAUGGUAAUGAAAUGCGUGUAAACGAUUCUACCAGCGGAGAAGACAUCCGUAAAUUUACACCGAACAUAGCUGGCAACUUCUCUCUAGGAUCUAUAUUAACUGGAAUAAUAAGAGUCAAAGUCAGUAAAACAGUAACACCAUUGGUUGAUUUGAAUGUGGGAAUUGGUAUCCGUUACCAGACAACAGAAGGUGAAGAUCGACCUUUUAAAAUGUACAAACCCGACCCAGGCUACAUUGCUGGCACACCUGAGUUUUCUGUGGCGGUAAAUCCCAACAUUACAAAAAUCAACAUCGGACAAGUUGUUGAAAUAACGCUCAAAAUCAAGAUUGAAAGAAUGAAUCUUGAUGGAAAUUUAUUUGUUUAUCUUCCUGAUCGAAAAAUCAACUCAACCAUCAUGCGAUUUGUAAUCAGUGAAUCUUUCAAUCAAAUAACUUAUGGUGUAAACAUUGAUGCCGAUAUCAAGAAUGCCACGCCCUCUUAUAGUUCAUCAGAUGCCGAUGAAACAUACGAAAAUAGUGCUGAACUAAAUUUUGGACAGAUUAAAAAUAAAAAUAUGACAAAAUACAAAUAUGAGGAUAACACGAUAACAAUGGCAUUCAAAGUGGUUUUGGAGGACAAUGAAAACGUGAAAAAUUUAUCAAACUACCCAGUAAAUAUUGGCAUGAAAACCAGUAACCAAACUGUUUGGGUCAGUAAAAUAAAUUUUAUUGCGAACAUUGCCCCUUCACGCCGACCAAAGGUUGAGAUUAUUGCAGCCUCAAAUGGUAGUGAUAGCUUGAAUCAAGGCUCUGUUGUGGAAUACAACUUCACAAUUUCUCAUAAAAAUGAUUCUGAUGCUCACGCACAAGAUGUUGAAGUAAUAUGGAUGUUACCUGUUUAUAUAAAGUAUCGAAAGCUCACGCAAAACCAACCAGUUGAUGUUCACCAUCAGUUGAUGUUAACCAAGUUACGAGAUAACGUCAAAUUUUCGUUAAAAAAAUUGGAUUUUGGCGAGAAAUAUUUCGUGUCUUUUACCGUUGAAAUCGAUCCUAAAAAUACGAAAACCAGUCCUGGCAAGUACUAUGCUGUUACUCCUGUGGCUUUAUCUUACAAGAAGAACCAAACGUAUUUUGAACCUUUGAUCCCGAUUUCGAUCGCCUUCACGGUUUCCGAGAAAACCCAAAAAUCGGAAAAUAGUGUUCCGGCAAAAAUAUCGGAAAUGCUUUAUAAUCGUGGAUAUUUGGUCGACAUGUCAAGGUCAAUCGUAUAUAUUUGCUCUGUUUCUUUGAAAAGGGACAAACCAAGCUGUUUUUGGACGAACACAAAUGGCAACACAUGGCAGGCUGUCCAUGUGUCUGUAAUCAACAUCAUUGGAAUUGACAACCAUACAAAGACAUUGUAUGGUAUCGGAAACAAUAAGAAAUCGUACAUGAAGUAUUCUCCAGAUGAGGAGAAAUGGUUUUCGAUGUUACCAGAGAUGUGGGGGAAAAUAUUGCCAACACUUUCUCUUAACAACACUAUCAAGAUUGAAGAUGGUUAUGAAAACGAAUCCGACCCUAAGAAGGAGAAACAGCGUGAUAUGGAGAAUGGAGAGAUAUGGGGAGCCAACAAACUUGGUCUCUUCCACUCUAAAAACGGCGCGAAAUGGAGUCGUAAGGCAUGUUGGGAUUGUUUCCAAUGAUAGCAUUUAUUACUAAAACUUUUUUCUUUUUCAUUUAUACAUUGUUUAACAGUGUCAGCACUGAGCCACUAUAUUCAAUAACAUUUAAUUAUAUGCGCAUGUUAAAUUCGUAUUUGUAUAUCGAUAGAUGUGUAUUGUAUAAUAUUGUAUAAUAUAAGCUUCACCA